GGCACCAGCAGCAGCAGCGGCAGCAGCAGCAGCGCCCGUGCCUGCUCCCGCGCCUCACCCCGCCAGUAUCAGGGCUCUCCAGGCCCAGCCGCCCCAGCAAAUCCCCCGGGGACCCGUGCAGCAGCCUUUGGAGGAUCGGAUCUUCACUCCAACGGUCUCUGCUGUCUACAGCACUUUUAUCUCCUCACAGGUUACGCAGGUUGCAAGACAGCCAGGCCCUCCCGCCCCCUCCCCUUACUCUGCACAUGAAAUAGGCAAAGGGCACCCUGCCCUCGCUGCAACGCCACCAGGACAUGCAUCCUCCCCUGGUCUCACCCAGCAGCCAGGAGGGAGGAGGGACAGAAGCUUUCCACCCCACCCAAGAGCCAGCAGUCUUUUUGAAGAUCCAAGGGAACUGGUGCAAAGGAUUCUGGGAUGUGGGAUGGCCCCUUACCCCUCCGGACAGAAUGCCGCACCGACCACGCUGGUCUACCCACAGGCCCCUCAGACGAUGAGCACGCAGCCUCAGACGCGCUCUCCGUUUGCUGCGGGGCCUCGACCUGCCCACCAUCAGUUUUUCCAGAGGCCUCAGAUCCAGCCUCCGAGAGCCACGAUCCAGAACAGCAGCCCCGCCAUCCGUCCCGGGGCGCAAACGCCCACGGCCGUCUAUCAAACCAACCCGCACAUCAUGAUGGUGAACCACCUCCCCAUGCCGUAUGCGAUGCCUCAGGGCCCCCAGUACUGUAUACCGCAGUAUCGUCACAGCGGCCCUCCUUACGUUGGGCCCCCGCAACAGUAUCCGGUUCAGCCGCCGGGGCCUGGCCCGUUUUACCCGGGACCAGGGCCUGGAGAAUUCCCCAAUGCCUACGGAGCACCUUUCUACCCCAGUCAGCCCGUCUACCAGUCCGCACCCAUCAUAGUGCCUACGCAGCAGCAGCAGCAGCAGCAGCCUCAGCCACAGCCGCCCCUCCCGCCAGCCAAGCGCGAGAAGAAGACGAUCCGCAUCCGGGAUCCGAACCAAGGAGGCAAAGACAUAACGGAGGAGAUUAUGUCUGGCGGAGGGAGCAGGAACCCCACGCCCCCCGCGGUCAGGCCCACGUCGACGCCCACACCGCCCCAGCAGCUGCCCAGCCAGGUCCCAGAGCACAGCCCUGUGGUGUAUGGGGCUGUGGAAAGCUCUCGUCUUACCGCCAGCAGCCCCGUUGCUGUGACUAGUGACCAGAAGCAAGAAGAGAAGCCUAAAGCAGAGCCAGUCUUAAAAUCUCCUUCCCCUGCCCUCAGACCAGAGCUUAGUGGAGAGAGAAAAGAUCAAACGGGCCUGGCAGCGGAGACCCCCUCCUCCACGGAGACCCCUCCGGAGCGCCCCGCUUUGCCCUCCUCCCCUGUGGCAGCCGUGGCUGCCGCUGCUCCUAGUCAACUGCCGCUUGCGGCAGACUUGGAGGACGGAUGUGAACGUGCUUCCCCGAACCAGGACUCCCCCCCUCUCCCAAGUGCUGUGCCCUGCAUGGACACGACGCCCGCGGGGGGCCCGCCGGACGAGACCGGCGCCGAUAUAUGCAGAGAGCCCCCUCGAAUAGUCCCCAAUGAUCUCCAAGUGACUGCUAGCACUCAUCUAAUUCAUGAACUCAACGGAGUCAGCGAAAGGGCCACGGUGAGCGACAGCGCCGUAGACCUUGAUCCAGAGGAGCCGGUUGUGCCGCCGGCCGCGGAGAUGGACAGCCCGGAUGCCUCUCAGGCCGGAGCGGAAAGCGCGCCGCCGUCGGCCUCUGUUGCUCUUCCCACGGUGCCGUCUCCGCCGCCGUCCUCUCCGCCCCCGGCAGCGCCCAGCCUUCCCCCUUCUGCUGCCGCCGCCGCCGCCGCCGCCGCCACUACCACCAGCCCUCUUCCUCCCCCAUCUCCUCCUCUCCCGCUACUUGGUGCCCUCCCUGCUCUCCAGGGGGAUUUGGAAGGAGAGGAGGCCACAAGAACUACCCUCACCGAAGACCCCCCGGAAGCUCUCUCGACAGAGGAGGUGGAGGUGGACGGACGGCCCGAGGAGAAUGAGGAGUCUCAGGGCCUGAAUGCCAAGCAGGGCCCUGGAGCAGCCCAGACAGCUGUAACUGCACCAAAGACGUGGAAGAAACCAAAAGAUCGGAGCCAGGCCCCCGAGGAGGGGGAGGAGGCUGAGCCCGAGCCUAAAGCAGAAGAGGAACCCGGAGGGGACAAAAUACUUGAAUCUGAACCAGAGCCCAUGAGUCACGGGACUUGCCCCAGGAGGGAUUCCCCCUCUGACCUUAAAAUAGCGCAGGCCGUGGAAGAAAACGGCGAGCAGGAAGGGGAACCCAUCCGCAACGGCGCCGAGACCGUUUCCGAGGGCGAAGGAGGCGACGGGCCCUUGGGCUGCACCGAGAGCCCAGGCGAAGGCCCAGCCGGCCAGCAGAAGCCAGAACCGUGGAAGCCGGCAGACUCCGAAGGGAAGAGGCAGUACGACCGGGACUUCCUCUUGGACUUCCAGUUCAUGCCGGCCUGCAUCCAGAAGCCGGAGGGGCUGCCGCCUAUCAGCGACGUGGUCCUCGACAAGAUCAAUCAGCCAAAACCGCCUCUUCGAAAUUUGGACCCUCGGAUCUUGGCACGGGGUCCAGAUUUCACGCCAGCGUUUGCUGAUUUCGGAAGACAGCUCCCCGGUGGGCGGGGCGCAGCUGUAAGUGCCUGCAAAGUGCAGCCCCCACCCGGACUGCCGUCGCUUGCCCGGUGCGGCCCCCCAGCAUGCCCUCUGUUGGUCACGUCUCACCCACAGCUGAGGAACCUGCAGAUAGGGCUCCUGAACGUCGGACCGCGGAGAUCUCAGCCUGGCCAGAGGCGGGAGCCCAGGAAGAUCAUCACGGUUUGCGUCAAGGAGGACGUCCACCUGAAAAAAUCCGAGAACGCCUGGAGGCCGAGCCUGAAGCGCGAGACGCAGGCCGAGGAGCCCGAGAACAUCAAGACUCAGGAGCUGUUCCGCAAGGUCCGAAGCAUCUUAAACAAGCUGACGCCGCAGAUGUUCAAUCAGCUCAUGAAGCAAGUGACGGAUCUGACCGUGGACACGGAAGAGAGGUUGAAAGGCGUCAUCGACCUGGUGUUUGAGAAAGCCAUCGACGAGCCCAGCUUCUCCGUGGCCUACGCAAACAUGUGCAGAUGCCUUGUCACGCUGAAAGUGCCCAUGGCUGACAAGCCUGGCAGCACGGUGAACUUCCGGAAGUUGCUACUGAACCGUUGCCAGAAGGAAUUCGAAAAGGACAAAGCUGACGACGACGUCUUCGAGAAGAAGCAGAAGGAACUGGAAGCUGCCACCACACCGGAGGAGAGGACGCGGCUUCACGACGAGCUGGAAGAGGCCAAGGACAAGGCCCGGCGGCGGUCGAUCGGGAACAUCAAGUUCAUUGGGGAGCUCUUCAAGCUGAAAAUGUUGACCGAGGCCAUCAUGCACGACUGUGUGGUGAAGCUGCUGAAGAACCACGACGAGGAGUCCCUGGAGUGCCUCUGCCGCCUGCUGACCACCAUCGGCAAAGACUUGGACUUUGAGAAAGCCAAGCCUCGAAUGGACCAGUAUUUCAAUCAAAUGGAGAAGAUCGUGAAAGAGAGGAAAACCUCCUCCAGAAUCCGCUUCAUGCUUCAGGAUGUCAUCGACCUCCGGCAGUGCAACUGGAUUUCGCGGAGGGCGGACCAGGGCCCCAAGACAAUAGAGCAGAUUCACAAAGAAGCGAAAAUCGAAGAGCAGGAGGAGCAGCGGAAAGUCCAGCAGCUGAUGACCAAAGAGAAGAGACGGCCUGGAGUCCAGAGAGUAGAGGAGGGCGGCUGGAACACUGUGCAGGGGGCAAAAAACAGCCGCGUGCUGGACCCCACCAAGUUCCUUAAAAUCACCAAGCCCACAAUCGAUGAGAAGAUCCAGCUUGUGCCUAAAGCCCAGUUGGGCAGCUGGGGCAAAGGCAGCAGCGGUGGUGCCAAGGCCAGCGAGAUCGAUCCCUUACGACCAAGUGCCACUAGUUUGAACCGAUUCUCUGCACUGCAGCCUCCCGUCUCAUCUGUAUCUGCCUCAGUCACCUCCUCAGAGUUGGACUCUCGCAGGGCCUUAACUAGUCGUGGCAGCAUGGGCAGAGAGAAGAACGACAAGCUGCUGCCCUCUUCCGUGACCCGGCCCAACACCUUCUUGCGGGUCAGCGGGAGCAAAGAGCAGCUCUUGGACAACCAGGCGCAAGAGGAGCAGCGGAGGGAGAUGCUGGAGACCGUGAAGCAGUUGACGGGCGGCCUGGAAAGCGACCGGAACAGCAGCACGGAGGCAGACCGGAGCAGAGCCAAGGAAACGGCCAAGCCUGAAGUCCCCACAUCCCCUGCCCAAGAAAAGCCUGCAUUGUCAGAAGAGGAAAUAGAAAGGAAGUGCAAAUCGAUCAUUGAUGAAUUCUUGCACAUUAACGAUUAUAAGGCAACGAUGCAGUGUGUGGAGGAGCUGAACGUUCCGGGCGUCCUGCCUGUCUUUGUGCAAGUCGGCGUGGAGUCCACCCUGGAGCGGAGUCAGAUCACCAGAGAUCACAUGGGCCAGUUGCUGCAUCAGCUGGUGCAGUCGGAGAAGCUAAGCAAGCAGGACUUCUUCAAGGGGUUCGCCGACACCUUGGAGAUGGCGGACGACAUGGCUAUCGAUAUCCCCCACAUUUGGUUGUACCUGGCCGAAUUGGUGACCCCCGUGUUAAAAGAAGGAGGAAUCUCUAUGAGAGAACUUCUGACAGAAUUUAGCAAACCCUUACUUCCUGUGGGAAGAGCUGGCAUCUUGCUUUCCGAAAUAUUGCACCUUCUAUGCAAACAAAUGAGCCAUAAGAAAGUGGCAGCCUUAUGGAGGGAGGCUGGCCUCAGCUGGAGUGACAUCUUACCUGAAGAGGAGGAUGUCCACACCUUUCUCAUGGAGCAGAAGUUGGACUUCACAGAGACUGACAGUUCCAGUUCCUCAGAAGCACUUUCCAAGAAAGACCUCUCUGCUGAAGAGCUGAACAGGCAGCUGGAGAAGCUCAUUAUUGAGGACAAGGCUAACGAUGAGCAGAUCUUUGAUUGGGUAGAGGCUAAUCUCGAUGAGAGCCAGAUGAGUUCACCUACAUUCCUUAGAGCUUUAAUGACAGCAGUUUGUAAAGCAGCUAUUAUAGUGGAUAGUUCCAGCUUGCGAGUGGACACUGCUGUUAUCAAGCAAAGAGUCCCGAUCUUACUGAAGUACCUAGACUCGGACACAGAGAAGGAACUACAAGCACUUUACGCGCUACAAGCAUCAAUAGUAAAACUUGAUCAGCCUCCUAAUUUGUUACGGAUGUUUUUCGACUGCCUGUACGACGAAGAGGUGAUAUCAGAGGACGCCUUCUACAAAUGGGAAAGUAGCAAAGACCCAGCAGAACAGAACGGGAAAGGCGUAGCGCUGAAAUCAGUCACGGCGUUCUUUAAGUGGCUACGAGAAGCGGAAGAGGAGUCGGAGGAUAAUUAAAACUGAAUACAAAACAAAAACUAAAAAAAAAAAGGAAAAAAAACCUAAAAAAAAACAAUUUAAGUAUUUUUUUAAAAAAAGUUUCAUGUCUUCGCCAAUCACAGUGCAGCAAAGCCAAUUCUCGCGCAGCAACUCCGCCCUCUUCCCACAUGUGCACGAGUGGGAGAGGGGGGGAAAGUAGAUAUAAACGCAAGGGCGAUCAUGGAGGUCGAAAACGUACUUGAAAAUUCAAGUCCACUUCAACCCUGAGGGCAGGAGCACUAAACCAAAAUACAGCUAUUAUUUAUAGAAAAUAUUUUCUCUUUUAAUCUCUCUUCUUUCCUUUUUAAACAAGGACUCUUACUUUAAGAAGAAACAAAUCUGUUUAGACAAAAAAAAGUGAGAACUUUAAUUUAUUAUUUUAAGAACUGCAGAUGUCAGUGUAAUUUUUAAAUUUGCAGUUUCUGUAACAAAUUGUAUAAUAGACAACAACAAAAAACAAAAGCAGAGAAAUAAAUUUCCCUCCCUUUCAGAUCCACCUCAGUUUUGCUGCAAAAGCACGGUAGCUAUAUAAUAAAUUCUCAAGGGGGUCAGGAAUGAGCUAAGUGAGGGAGAUGAACUUUUUAAAGGAAAUAUCAACAGAUCUUUCUGCCUGCCUCUCAGCUUGCUUCCAAAAUUAAAAAGGAAAACACGCAACGAAGUGUAACCGAAGGAACCGCGUUUGAGAAAACGGCUGUGGACCAGACUGCUUGGAGAAGAACUCAGUUCAAUUGCAAACAGUGCUACCCUGGAAGCAGAAGAAGAAGAAAAGUACUAGAGAUACUUUCAGAACCUUUAGAGCAACUUUAAGGCUUGUAAAUACAUAGAACAAAUAUUUAAAAGAAAGAAAUUGACUCGAUACUAUUUCUUUUCACUUUCAAAAUAUAAAGAACAAAAUAAAGACAAACCUUGCAAGUUUAAAA